GAAGUGAAGGCGGAUUACUCUCUCAGUCGUCCCCUCCGUGCUCCGUGUCUCCCUCCGCGGCGGACGGAGCUGCCGCCGCCGCCUCUCGGCGCCUCGACCCUGGGAUGGAUCUAGAAGAAGCUUUCCAAGUUGUCGGCGCGUUUGGACCGUACCAGAAGCGAGCCGUCGGUGUUCUUGUCCUCACACAGGUCUACAUGGCCUGUCAGUCCAUGCUGAUCGUUCUGGUUGGAUCGACACCAGAGUACCGGGUCGAGCAGCAGGACGGCGUCACGUCUGACCACCACAACCGGGUCGUGUUCACCGAGGACAUCGACACCAUAGUGACAGAGUGGUUUCUCGUCAAGCAGCAGGCCUAUAAGGUCAGUCUGGCCGGGUCGCUGUUCUUCGCGGGGCUCCUGAUUGGGAACAUUGUCUUUGGGCCGCUGUCUGACAGGAUCGGCAGGAGGCCCGUGUACCUGACCGGUCUGUUUUUCGAGGUCGUCUUCGGUUAUGUCACCGCCUUCGCGCCCAGCUAUGAGGUCUUCGCUGCAUCCCGUCUCCUGGUCGGGCUGAUGAACGGCGGCAUCGGCCUCGUUUCCUUCGUCCUCACUCAGGAGUACGUGGGAAAGUCGUACCGCGCCAUGACCGGGACGUUGACCAGUAUGGUUUUCGCGGUCGGCAUCGCUCUGUUCGGAGCUCUGGGCUACUUCAUCCAGCCGUGGAGGAGCCUCGCCACGGCAGCCAACUCAUCCGGAGUGCUGUUCUUCCUGCUGUCUGUAACUCUUCCAGAGUCUCCUCGUUGGCUGUUUUCUCAGGGUCAGACGGAGCGAGCCGAGGAGGUUCUGCGCUGCAUGGCGCUGAGGAACGGCAACCCCGCCAACAACCUGAUGCUGCAGCGCGUCGGUGCUGCUAAAGCCGGUAACCGGGCCGGCGGGGGCGUCCUGCAGCUCGUGGUCCAUCCGGUCCUACGCAUGAGAACCGUGGUGCUCAUGUAUGUUUGGUAUGCGUGCAGUCUGGUGUAUUACGGUCUGACUCUGGGGGCCAGUGAGAUGUCUGGGAGCCGUUACAUGAACGUGGCCAUGUACGGCCUGGUGGAGCUGCCCGCCUACCCGCUCUGCAUAUAUUUCAUCAACAAACACUGGGCUGGCAGGAGGAAAAGCAUGGCCGGAUUCCUGUGCCUGGCUGGAUCUGCCUGCCUGUGCACCAUGUUUGUCCCCGAAAAUGCAGGGACUUUGCUGAACGUCACCUCGUUGGCCUUGGGGAAACUGAUGGUCAGCGCGGCGUUCAAAAUCGCCUACGUGUACACGGCCGAACUCUACCCAACAGUCAUCAGGAACGCCGGUUUGGGGGUGUGUUCCAUGUCGUGCAGAGUUGGUGGAAUCCUCGCACCGUUUGUUCCUUCUAUGAGGGCUCUCCACACCUCCAUGCCCUUCACUGUCUUCUGUCUCAGCGGUCUGUCUGCGGGAUGUCUCGGCCUCCUGCUGCCUGAAACCCUCAACAGUCCUGCAGCCGAAACUCUGGAGGAGCUCAGCAGCCCGCCGCUCAGCCGAGUGCUGGAGAGCAAGGCUCUUCUGUACGAAGACGAGGAGUGGAAAUCGAACCACAAAUGAAGCCGACGCCCUCGUCGCCUUCGUCGCCUCAUUCCUUACACAAAUUUGUGAACUGUCCCUUUAAAUCAACUUAAAGGACCAAUCACUACGAGACAUGGACGCUGACCAAAGACGGCGCCAACGACGGACUGGAAGGUUCCUCGAGUCGAUCCGCCGCGUCUUGAUCAUGAUGGAAGUUUUUUGUGCCUUACUUGAAGACGUUGACGUUACAUUCCAAGAUGCUGCUAACGAAAGUGUGACUGAGCAAAUGAUGGAAAAGUUUGCACACACACGCCAAGUUCACAAACAUGUUGACGUUAUCACAGUUAAGUUGCGUUUUAAAGAGGAAAGAUGUUCGUCUCCGUCCUGAACUCGUGCAGAGCGAUGCGUAGUUUCUUUUAUGGCGCUUUGAGCGUCAUCUUUGGUUUCAUUGAACUGAAGAGAAGGUCGACUUCUCUGCAGCCGAUGUCCUCUGAAUUUACUCACCAAUGAAUCAUGACAUACACAAAGAAGUGACUAGAAAUAAAAAAAAUAAUAAUGAAUUAAUAAUAAAAUAGAUAAUAAAAAUCUAACAUAAAGCAGAUAUUUAAUAAAUUAUUCACACAGGAGGCAGUCAGGGACGAUUCUGUUUAUUUCCUCCGUCAUUAAAGUCUUUGUAUCAUGCACACAAACACUCAUUUGUGUAGCUUUGUGUGUAGCACAAACUGAUGUAAAGUGAUCAGCCGCUGCACAAAACUAAUAACUAAAGGGACCAAACAGAUCAACGAGUCAUCAAUCAAACCAGCAUUUUACCUUCUGUGCCUUUCAAACUCUGAACAGGUUUAAACCAAUAUAAAUGUUGUUGAGAUGUAAUUAAAUCUAU